AUGUAAUUCGACAUUCGAAAUGAUAAAGCUUCAGAAGAUUAAAAUUAAACUCUUGUAAAUGAAUAAGAAUGUUAAAGUUGUUAGAAGCAAGAUCUCAUAAAAGUGCUUCCUUUAAAACAAAUUUAAAAGAGUAGAAAAUAGUUGAAAAGAAAAACAACAAUCUUUGAUGAUGAGGAGAAUGGUUUUAAAAAUCCUUUUGAAGAUAGUAGAGUUACAAGAAUGAUAUUCGAAAAAGGUAGAACUGUAGAAUUAGCAAGAUUUUGUUUAAUAGUGGCAACCGUAAUUCUUAACAUCUUAGAAGUAUAUUUAUUUUGAUUUAGUAUGNAAUAAUAAUUGCUUUAGGGUUUAUAAAAGUAAUAAUAUUUGUAAAAUUAGGUUAAUGAUGAAUUAUUUAUUGAAAAACAAGGAUGA